AUGGCCAACUAUCAAUAUCUAUUGGAUAAUCCAGAUAACGAUAUCGAUGACGGCAGAUUAGUUAUCAAUCCAAUUCCUGAUAAGAUAAAUAAUAUUUUGCCUUCUCUCUAUACACUUCCCAAGCAGUUGCCGCCGCUCAAGUCAUUAGAGUAUGAUGCUAUAUCCAAAUGUGAAAUAUCCGUGAAGCACCAGCAAUCAAAUUUAAAUGAGGCGUUGACUAAUAGUUUACAAGGCUCUUCAAUCAGCCCAAUUGGCAAGAAACUUGUAAAGAAAUCGAGUGAACUUACAACCAAACCAAAGCGACCUUUGAUGCCUUGGGAGUUAUUCAAAGCUAUUGAAACAAAGGACAUCAUGUUCAUCAUGACAUGCCGUGAUCACUCCUUCCAACUUCUUUUGAAGAAGGUCGGCGGGACUACCCCACUAGUCCAUGCUAUGAGACUUGGUAAAGAGUAUGACGGUAUCGCUAUUGUCCUCGUCGGUGCAAUGUCCAAAUGGGUUAACACUAUGGAUGAAAACACCCUCAAAACCGCUGAAAACCGCGAUAUACUCAAGAGUUUAAGAACAAACUUAAAACUAGCCAUUGAUCAUGGUUUGUCAACUGGUCAGACUGAUCUCCUCGCUUCCUACCUCCAAACUCUCGUUAUGAGUGAGGGCGACAAAUUCAUCAACGAUGCUACUCAACUCGUCGCAGCAGCUCUAAACCACCCUCAACUCAGCAAACCUGUCCAAACAGCAACCGAUGAACUGAGAAAGUUCGCUACAUGGAGAUUAGAUAAGAGUGCAUCUACGAUUGCCAGUCUGGAUGACUACCUCAGUAAUGGUAUAGCUGAUCUAGUCAUGAUGGCUUGUUGGUCACAAGUUCUAUGUUUCUACCAACAGGGUGAACCUAUACCCACAUACGUCUUCGCUCGGGAUGACAGAUGCUUCAAGACUUUCUUAGAGUCUUUGUCCGCUGCCGCUAUCACUAUCAAGGUUUCCGCUUCCCAUAAACUCAAAUUUCAACUUCACGCAAUAGAAAAAAUAAUGGCUUUGCGACAACUUUCUCUCAAGGAACGCGUUAUUAAGCUGUCGCGGGUACUAGACCAAGGUGUUCGACUGGAAACUCUACUGUAA